CGGCGGAAGCUGUGGCGGGGCCCGCGGGCGGAGCUGUCGCCAUGGCAACAGCGCAGGCCGCGCUCGGGCGCCCUCAGCGCUGGGGUGCCCGCGCCCCACGACCGGGCCGCCCCGAGCCGCCGCUUCCCCCGUGCCUGAGGUGACGGGAGGGGGCGAGGUCGAGGAAAAAACGAAAUAGCCUAUUUUUUCUUUUCUUUUUUUUUUUUUAAUAAUUUGAGCUACUCAAGUAUUCUUAGGCCUUGAUGCUACCAAAUCUGUCACGGAGCGACUGUGAGGGCCGGUGCUGGGCCUGCAGCGGUUCUGCGAGGCCCCGGGGAUGAGCCCGACCUCCCGGUGAGCACUGAAGUCCCUGAGGACAUCUCUCAUAAAAUUGAGUAUAAUUCAGCCAGUAGCAAGAGCUGUUAUGACUUACAUUGCGAAAAAGUGUGGCAUUUGCUUUCAGCCUCCAUCCAUUAUUCUCAUCUAUAAAGAAGAAGACAAGGAUAAAACUCGCCAGCGUAUCAUGCCUAUCCGAAAUUUCUCAAAGUUCUCAGACUGUAGCAGAGCUGCUGAACAGCUGAAGAAUAACCCUCGGCACAAAGCUUACCUGGAAGGAGUCUCACUACGUCAGCUGAAGAAGUUCUAUGGUUUGCUGAAAGGUCAUUUGGGAGGACAGAGUCUGGCUGAGAGCUUGGAACAGAUUCGUCAGGAAGAGACCAUUGACCCAGAAGAGGAUAUGAACAAAUUAGAUGAUAAGGAGCUAGCCAAAAGGAAGAGCAUCAUGGAUGAACUCUUUGAAAAGAACAGGAAGAAGAAAGAUGACCCAGAUUUUAUAUACAAUGUUGAGGUUGAGUUUCCACAGGAUGAGCAGCUGGAGUCCUGUGGUUGGGAUGUGGAGUCAGGCGAAGAAAUCUGAUUCCAGACAAAGAUUUCUUAGAUGGACAGUUUAAAGAGAAAACCUACAUUCCUAGCACAGAGUACCGUUAUUGCACUUACUCUGCUGGAUCAUUUUUGACUCAUGCAAUUGAUGCGUAUUAUAUUGGCUAUGGAGAAUCCAAUGUUACAGUAAUUUCAGAUUUAAAUAAAAUUUGUUUAAAAAGUCCAACUUGAUGAAAUGGAAAUGGGGUAGCUGAACUUGGUUUUUUCUCAUCUUUACCUAUUCAGAAUGCCUAAAUAACUUUAAAUCAUUCAUCUGUCCCUUGUUUACAUUCCAAUCACCUUUGGCAGAAGAUCUCACCAGCUUGCAUUGCUAUGAUUUCUGUUCAGCUUCAUCUUAAAAUGAAGUGUUAAAUAUUUAUGUCUUGAAAGCAAUGUUCAAGCAUUAUUGCAUACAAUGGUAUUUGUUAUUACUUGUUGGAAUGUUAAAUAUAUAUUAGUCUAUUUUCUGGAUAAAUCAACGUUGCAAUGAAAAUAUUACUUUCAUUUUUCCUGAGUGAUGCUUAAAUCUGCAGCCGCAGGUUACACAAAUAUAAAUUCUUAUAUUUAAGAAACAGAAUAUUUAGAAAAUAAGUUAGUUCUGAGAGUACUCUUGAAAAUAAAGUGAUUGUGAAUUGAUAAAAUAA